AUGUUUUCCCACUCAGAGUUAACACCCGCAACCAGCCUGUUCCCACACACUCGCAAUGACCCCGUGGUGACGUGGACCGUGGGCCCAGAGCCGCUGCCGUCCCGCCGUGCCUUCGCGGGUCCUGACGGGCCGAGACCUGCCGCCAUGGCUCCACUGCUUCCGCGCCUCACAUCUGUCAGACCGCCCGUUCUGGCCGCUGUCGUUCUGCUCCUGGUGUCAGUCGGCGGCGUUCGGGGCUCUCAAGGCGACAAGGAGCCGGUGUACCGGGACUGCGUGAAGCUGUGCGUCCGGACCAACUGCACCGGAGCCCGGCUGCGGGGCUUCCAGUCCGCCCAGCCGCGGUACAUGGCGCUGACAGGUGGGUCAGGUUGGACGUGUCGGGAUGACUGUCGGUACCAGUGCAUGUGGACCACCGUGGACCUCUACCAGGCCGAGGGCUACAGGAUCCCACAGUUCCAUGGCAAAUGGCCGUUUGCGCGCUUCCUGUGCUUCGAGGAGCCAGCAUCCGCGCUGGCGUCACUGCUCAAUGGCCUGGCCUGCCUUCUCAUGCUGCUGCGCUACCGGAGCACCGUGCCACGCCAGAGCCCCAUGUACCACACCAUCAACGCCUUUUCUCUGGUGUCUUUGAAUGCGUGGUUGUGGUCUACAGUCUUUCACACGAGGGACACCUAUCUCACAGAGAAAAUGGACUAUUUCUGUGCAACAGCUGUCAUUCUUUACUCAAUCUACCUGUGUUGUGUCAGAACUUUGGGCCUGAGGCGACCUGGGGUUUCCAGCAUGGUGGGAGUCCUCCUCAUCUUGGUCUUUACAUCGCAUGUGUCCUACCUGACCUUUGUCAGCUUUGACUACGGCUACAACAUGGCAGCCAACGUCACCAUCGGCAUGGUGAACCUCCUGUGGUGGCUGUGUUGGUGCUGGCAGAACCGCCGGACCCUCCCGUACUGGUGGAAGUGUGGGCUGGUGGUGCUGCUGCUCCACGGCCUGGCCCUGCUGGAGCUGCUGGACUUCCCCCCCAUGCUCUGGGUCCUGGAUGCUCAUGCCGUCUGGCACCUCAGCACCGUCCCAGUGCACUUCCUUUUCUACAGUUUCCUGAUAGAUGACAGCCUCUACUUAUUAAAUACAGAGAAGAUGGGUGUUAAAGUCGAGUAG